GGCUCAACGGAAACCCUCUCCUACCUCGCUGCCGGCGGGGGUACUUAAUCCCCGUGCAAUCCGGAGAGAAGAAUUUCGCCUGGGCGCCGCACCACCAUGCCCUAAUCCCCAAACGGUCCAAUUCCCGAAACCCUCGCAUCCGCAUGGUGAACCCCCGGGGCCCCGGCGCAGCCGCCGCCGCCGCGCCGGCGUCGUCGGAGCUGGAGGUGGGGUUCGCGAAGCUGCACGGUGAGUGCUUCGAGUACUACAUGCAGACCUACUCCAUCAUCCUCGGCCGCCACAGCCGCCGCGGCAGCAGCAAGGACCCCACCGCCCCGGCGCCGCCGGAGGCCGAUGACGGCGUGGACGUGGACCUCGGCGCGCUCGGCGGCGGCAUGAACGUCUCCCGCCGCCACGCGCGCAUCUUCUACGACUUCCCGCGCCGCCGCUUCGCGCUCGAGGUGCUCGGCAAGAACGGCUGCCUCGUUGAGGGCGUGCACCACCUCCCGGGCUCGCCCCCCGUCAAGCUCGACUCCCAGGACCUCCUCCAGAUGGGGGACGCCAAGUUCUACUUCCUGCUCCCGUCCCGCUCCGUCUUCGGCGCCAACGUCGCGCGGCGCGCCCCCGCCGUCCCGCGCGCCAUCCCGCCGCCUCCGUCUGAUGACGACGAGGACGAGGGGGAGGAACAGGGAGAGGCCUUGGCGGCGGCAAAGCAUCUGAGGAUCGGGAAUGACGGAAGAAGGUCGGACGCUGCAGGAUCAAAAGCUUACAAGGAAGCAGAUGAUCAACUAUUGCUUCAGUUGGAAGAGAAAGAUGUCAUCUCAUCAGCUGCUACUAUAUUGUCUGAUCUCUGUGGACCUCAAGAAUGGGUUUCUAUGAACAAGCUUCAUGAAGUGAUGUUUGAUAAGUACGGCAAUUUGUGGCACCACAGCAGGGUGCGGAAAUAUCUGACAUCAGAAGACUUUCCUGCGAGCGAAACUGAUGGUAGACCAUGGCAUGGACUCACAUUGCUGCUAAGGAAGUACCCUGAGCAUUUUGUGAUCAACAUUAGUAAAGCUGGGGGCCUGAGCACUGAGUUUGUCUCUUUGGUCUCACUGCAACCUUGAGAAUUUUCCAGACACCUUUCCAAGGGUGUGGUAUAGCUUGGAGUACCCUUUUGGUACUUUUGUAAACAGUGUACUUAGUUGGAGGGUAAAGAGUGGCAUUAGGUUUUGUUUUCCUUUCCGUUCAUAUUUCGGUUGAUAUAUUGGUUAAGGAAAAAAAGUGGAGAGGUUAAUUUUCCUAUCUGCUAUGCUAUUGCGUGACUUGUAUGCCGUAGCGGUCCAGGCUGGGAUUUAGGGUGCGGUUCUGCAUUGAUGGCAAGUUGCAGACGGGUUUCAGUUGUGCCUUAGGGCAUCAGCAAUCUACUCCUCCCUCAACAUCACUGUGGGGUGUAUUUCAUUUUCGGAAAAAAGAAUCAUAUUUGUAAAUAUCAUGUAACAAUUAGUCAAAACUGUACAUUCGUAUUGGUUGUAUAAACUACAUCAGUAGAUUCAUAUUUAGAAUAAUAUUAAGAUGACGAUUUUGUAACCAUUAACAAUAUAUUAUAGGAUAAAUUGAUAUUGAUGGAUGGAUGGAGAUUGGAGAAUGAA